AGCGGCCUGCGGGGCGUACCCUCGCGCUGGGGUCGUUGUGUGGUUCCUGCGGGAAGGCUGCGUUGGAGGGUGGCUUGCGCUCGCUGAGGCGGCACCUCGGCGACGAUGGCGGAGGGAGAUAAUCGCAGCACCAACCUGCUGGCUGCAGAGACUGCGAGUCUGGAGGAGCAGCUGCAAGGAUGGGGAGAAGUGAUGCUGAUGGCUGACAAGGUCCUGCGCUGGGAGAGAGCCUGGUUUCCACCUGCCGUCAUGGGGGUGGUUUCUCUGGUGUUUCUGACUAUCUACUAUCUAGAUCCAUCUGUUCUGUCCGGUGUUUCCUGUUUUGUUAUGUUUUUGUGCUUGGCUGACUACCUUGUUCCCAUUCUGGCACCUAGAAUUUUUGGCUCCAAUAAAUGGACCACUGAGCAACAGCAAAGAUUCCAUGAAAUUUGCAGCAAUCUAGUCAAAACGCGACGCAGAGCUGUGGGCUGGUGGAAACGCCUCUUCACACUAAAGGAAGAAAAGCCUAAAAUGUACUUCGUGACCAUGAUCAUUUCUCUUGCUGCGGUUGCUUGGGUGGGACAGCAAGUCCACAACCUUCUUCUCACCUACCUGAUAGUGACUUUCAUACUGUUGCUUCCUGGACUAAACCAACAUGGAAUCAUUUCGAAGUACAUUGGAAUGGCCAAAAGGGAGAUAAACAAGCUUCUCAAACAAAAAGAAAAGAAAAAUGAAUAAUGCGUCUGCUUUAUUCAGUGUCAUUAGUAGCAUAUACAUUGUCCUUGGGAACAGUUUGUAUUAUGCUCUCUGGAUACUAAAAUGUUACAGAAGUAGUUCUUUGCUCUCCCUCAUUCUGCCCUUAAUUAGUAGAAAUUCAGACUUGCCAAGUAAGGCUUUAUGCGUAGUGUCUUCAUGUCAGGUGUAGCGGGGUGCAUUCUCAUCAUUUGGCCUUCUAUGGACGACUCGUUUGUGAGUACGACUUGUUUUGAUUUUUCUCACCCAGGGUUAAUUGAAUUCUUACUUUUAGGCAACUUCCUUUAAAAUAAUGUAGUGGUGAACUUCACCCUUUAGUCCAGUUAACAGUGACUCGGGAUAAUUGUUCGAGUUGGUCGUUGCUUUAGCUCCAUGCAAGGUAGUGGUCGGAGGCUACAGGAAGCUGGUUCUCCUGUCUACUUCCACAGUCUGCUUACAAAACUGUCCGGCACAUGAAUAUAGAGACCAAGUCUACCGCUUCUGAUGAAGAGACCAAUUAAGAUUCAUUCCUCAUUCUGUUUCUAUACCGUGGGAAAGAAUCCUCAUGGAAUAAAAUGAGACCAAUUCCAUGCUCUAGUAUGUGUUGGUUUCUCCCUUGUAGCAAUUUGGAGGAAACAUUGAUCCUUCCUCCCAAAUGAGGAAUCUGACAGGCUUAGACUUCUUGUCCCCUUGCACUUAGACUUCAAGUUAGUAGAUCCUUAAAGGCUUUUUAAUAGCAGGCUUCCAAAAGGUUGUGUUUAGGAUUUUUAGCAUACUUUUAAUUUCAGAUUUUCAGCUGACUGAAACUAAAGUACUUAAUAGGUUAAGACUCAUGUCUUUGACCUUCACUCCGAGACCAGCCAAUAAAGGACAAAUGUCUUCCUGUGUUUAAUCAAGAUUCAUUUCAGUAGAAAAUAACCUUAUCCUACUAGUUUUUCAAGACCAGAAUAAGCCUUUAAAGGUAAGCCUCAAGAUUCUCACCACAUGGUAAUGCUGGC